GUGCUCAUUGCAAAUCGUGGCGAGAUCGCCGUCCGGAUUGCUCGGGUCUGCUUGCCAGGAGGAAGGUUUGACAACUGUGGGCGUCUACGCCGAGGAAGACAAGGGCUCCUUGCACGUGCAACGCGUGCAGGAAGCAAUUCGGGUGACUUCCAAGAACCCUGGCCCGAUUGCGCCAUACCUGGACGUACAGAGUGUAGUUGAGGCGGCCAAGCAGACAGGUGCCCAAGCGGUGCAUCCUGGCUACGGCUUCCUCAGUGAGAGUGCAGAGUUCGCUGCAGCCUGUGAGGCCGCAGGCAUCGUAUUCAUCGGUCCCCGUCCAGAGACCAUCGCACUCCUCGGGGACAAGGUCCGGGCCCGGGAGCUGGCAAUGUCCAGCAACGUUCCGGUUUUAAAGGGCUCACCGUUCCUCGACUCCUCACAGCAUGCUCGAGACUUCUUGGCAAGUGAGGGCCUUCCACUGCCGAUCAUCUUCAAGGCGGCCUUCGGUGGUGGUGGCCGCGGCAUGCGGCUCGUUCGCCAAGAUGGUGAGCUCAACGAGGCAUUUGAGCGCUGCACCAGUGAGGCCAAGACCGCCUUCGGCAACGGCUCUGUCUUUCUGGAGGAAUUUCUUGAUGAUGCUCGGCACAUCGAGGUUCAAGUUCUCGCAGACGGCCAGGGAGGUUGCGCACACCUUUAUGAGCGCGACUGCAGUGUGCAGCUCCGAAACCAGAAGGCACCUGGGGGGGGGGGGCAGAUGACAGGCUCGAAUCAGUGUCAUCAGUCGAACUGCAGGUGGCGUCCGUGCAGAUAUACGCAGAUCAUUUUGCACACUUCCACCGCCCCGAAGAGAAAACUGAACCAACUUGGGCCGCAUGAUCCGCAUGGUCAUCUCUCGCACCUGGCUUCGCAGAGCCUGGCAGACGAGUGUGCUCAAUUGGAUAGCACUUUUGACAUGCAGUCAGGCGACUUUGCCUGUCGGCAGUUCGCACUGGGGUUCGAGCAAUCCUGUUCCACAGGUCGUAACCUCAAAUCCUGA